UUCUGAGUCUGCUCCUGGAAUAGUCAGUCUCAGGGAAAAAACAUGCUUCACAGCUGCAGCGACUGAGCUGAAGUCACAAUCUGGAGUGUAUCUGCCGGUUAAGGGAAGCCAAGAUCUUAGAACGUGGCCAGCUUUUGCCAUAAGCAACAGUCAGGCCAGUAACCACACCAGCAGAAGUAUAUGUGUGGUUUGAGGGGACAGAUAGGUGUGGGUGGGUUUGGUGGCAUAGACUGAUUUAUGUCUGUAUUUGUUGGGUAGCGAUGGGAGUGGAGUGGAUUUAAAGGGAGGGAUUGGUGUGCUGUGUGUGUUUAGGGAAGGGAUUGUUGGGGAAACAGUUGGAUGGAAGCACAAAAUCAUGUUUUCAGCACAAGGGUAUAUUAUAAUACAUUUAUAUAUUGUACCAAAUUCACGUAUUUUUUCAUGACCUCUUAGCAUUACCAUUUCCAUAAGUAACAAAAAUUACCUUAGUUGGUCUUAGUUUUUGUUUUAUUUUCUUCUGUCCUUCCUUCCACUUUCUCCUUCCCUUGUACCUCUUGGUGUAUGUUAUCCUCCAUCUUUUUUCAGGUCUGUUUUCCCUUAGUCUAAUGUUUCUGCUUAAUUCUUUUUAAAAUGUUCAGCUCCUGUCACCUCUACCCCUGUUCCUACAUCUCUUCUUUUUCUUCAAGAGAAUUUUUCUGAUUUUGUCUUCCUCUCUUUUUUAAAUUUUCCCUAUUUGUCCUUUGAGUAAUUUCACUCUCCUUUUUCUCCUUUCCCCGUGUUUUUUCUUUCUUUCCCUAUGUUAUCUGUCACCUUCUUCCAUAUUCCUUUUCAGUUUCUCUCCCUGCUCCUCCCUGCCCUACAAGCCCCAUCUUUCCCUUUAUUCCAUCCCUCCAUGAUUUUGCUUUAUGUGGUUUAGCUUCCAGUGCCUUCCCUCUCCCUCAUCAUCCUCCAAGCUGACCCGAAGUCUGGUCCACGUGAAGUCUUCACCUACUUCAUUCAGGGGCUACUAUUUACCCAGUUUCCACCCUAUCCUCUCUGACCUGAAGGCAGCUUGUUUUGCUAUCUGUGCCCAAAUGACUUGAUAUGAUAUUAUCCCAUUUUCAGGUUCUCCAUCUGAAGAGCUAAGCUGCUGCUUUAGAUUCAGGAUCUUUCAAAAAGACAAUGGCCAAACUGUUGCAAGCUCCACCCAAGUUCCUCCCCGCAGAGUGGCAUAUUGCAAGCAAGACACAGUAUGCCAGUGCAGAGAGUCAGAGAUCCAGAUCAGAGCGACUUGUAGCUGAGAGCCAGAGGCUGGUGGAUGAAAUCGAAAAAACAACUCAGAAAACCCAAAGUGACGUUAACAAGAAAAUAGAACAGAGACUUGAUGAAAUAAAAUUCUGGAAGCAGGAAUUAGAUGACAAACUAGAACAGAUUGUUAAUGAGACAGAGGUGCUGUUGACUUUUAAGACAAGGCUAGAGAAAGCUUUGGAAAGCUGUAAAGAGCCACUAUUCAUCGCUCAAGAAUGUCUCUUGAACAGGCAGAGGCGAGUUGGGAUUGACUUGGUCCAUGACGAAGUGGAGCGGGAACUGAUAAAGGAAGUUGAAGUGCUCCAAGGGAUUAUGGCUUUGCUUGAGCGCACACUGGAACAAACCAAUGAGCAAAUUAGGUUAAACCGUUCAGCUAAAUACAAUCUGGAGAUGGAUCUGAAAGACAAGUUCACCGCCUUGACAAUUGAUAACUAUUGUUCCAACCUGACAAACAAUACACCUGAUAUAAGAUAUGCCAGAAAUGUAGUGAAGGUUGAAGGAAAUUCUGUGAGCCCUGAAGACUGGGUAGAUUUCUCAAAUGUAAAUAUUGAAAAGGCCGACAAGCAGAGAAACAACUCUUUGGCGCUCAGGGCCUUGAUUGACCGAAUCUUAUCCCAGACAGCAAGUGACAUGCGCAAGCAGUGCGAGACAGUGAACAUUGCUUUUAAGAACAGGGUGAAGGAGACAAAAGAUGCAAAAAACAACCUGGAGAUCCACCUUGCUAAGGUGAUGGAUGAGAUUACAUCCCAGGAAAAAAACAUUGCGGCCUUAAAGAAAGCUAUAAUCGAUAAAGAAGGACCUGCCAAGGUGGCUCAAACACGUUUGGAGACGAGGACCCAUCGUCCCAAUGUGGAGCUGUGUCGUGAUAUGGUGCAAUACAGGCUGAUCAGUGAGGUUCAGGAGAUCACAACCAAUAUUCAGAGACUAAAGGACACUUUGGCACAAGCUGAGGUGGAGCUGAAAGGUCUGAGCCGUCGACAGCUUUCGCUGGAGGAGGAGAUCCAGGUCAAGGAGAACACACUGUACAUCGACGAAGUGCUAUGCAUGCGGAUGAGGGAGUCCAUUUCCAUUAACGACUUCUGAAGCCCUGAUGUCAGAGACAGCAUUCCCCCACACUGGGCCAGAUUCUGCUGGGAGAUACACCAGGGCAAAGCCGGAGGAACUCCACUGAACAUUAACUUAGCGACUCUGUGUUUACACUAGGGUGACUCAGAGCAGAACUUGGCCUAGGUGUGUGAAUUAAUUUAAAAAGACCUAAAUGUCUCCUCCCCAGCUGCUGUGUCCCAGAAAAUCUAUUGUAAGCUUUCCAGUAGACAUUAAAG